CCCUACUUCCUACACACCGAUUUUCAGCUUGUCCUCGUGCUACGCACAGAAGAUGGCAAUGACCCAGGUCGCUCGUGAGUUUGCACCUAAGGUACAAAUUGAAGCUGUGCAAACAGUGUCACCCUCCUCGGUGACUGAUCCAAGGGAGAUAUGCCUGGUGUCAGUGAAGGACCCUGUUGGCUCAAAUAUUUUCCGGGGGUGCCUAAACAUAGUCCUUUACUACAAUAAAGCCGGGGAGGAGGAUUCCGGUUGGCUAGUUGCCGGAUGGAUUAGGGAGUCCCUAGGGAGGGCAUUGAAUGAUCAACCGAUGCUUGGUGGACGGCUAUGGAGAGGUGAAGAUGGUAAUGGAGAACUAGAGAUGGUGUCAAAUGAUAGCGGAGCUAGACUUGUUGAGGCAAAGAUUACAAUGACUUUGCGAGAGUUUCUUGGUUUGGAAGAAAGGGAAAAAUUAGAAGCUGAACUCGUCACCUGGAAGGAUAUUGAUGAAAAGAAUCCCCAAUUCUCUCCACUGCUCUAUGUUCAGGUCACUAACUUCCAGUGUGGUGGGUACUCAAUUGGGAUUAGCUCUAGUCUUCUUUUGGCAGACCUUUUAAUCAUGGACAACUUCCUCAUGAGGUGGGCAAGUAUUCAGAAGAAUUUACUGUCCAUCAAUGAUGCUCUCAAGAUGCCCAUAUUCUACCUCCCCGCUCUCAAACACACUAGCCUAUCUCCUAAUAGCACUAUUAUCCCCACGCCUAGCGAACGCAGUUGGGAAACAAAGAUAUUCAAGAUCUCAGGCGAUACCGAGAUUGAGGGUGCGAAGAACGAAUUAUUCAAGAGGGCUGCGUCACUUUGCAUUGAGAAGGCAGAGCGCGAACUGGGCAGUGAAAUGUCAGCAGGGUUUUCUUUGUUUGUGAAAGAAUCUUCUAACGUUAUAAGGGUCCAAAAUUGCAAGAAAAAUGAGCUUGUAAAGCCUCAUCUAAACCUGAGCACUCAAGUCAACUCUUUGAGCUUGGAUGAUUCAGGGAUCAAAGAACUAGCUUUCUACGAUGGCAACGAACCCGUUCAUGUUUCUUGUUGGAUUGGAUCGGUGGCUGAUGGACUUGUAGUAGCAGUUCCAUCUCCUAAUGGGAAUACUUCCUCUGAUAUCAACGUUAUAGUUACAAUCCCUGAAGGAAAGGAGUUUUAAGUAAGCUUUGGUUUAGCCCAGUGUGGGUGUCUUUUUUUCUUUCCGCUUCAUUUAAAUUCUGAAGUGUGCAUCUGUAAUGACAUUGCAUGUAUUGUUCUGUCAAAGUUAAUCUCUAUUUUUAGAUUGAUAUAAAUUAAUUACAUAAUGUUUGUAUAAUUUAAUCCUGAAUUCUUCCCUUGUUUUGGAGAUUAAUGUUUGA